UCCCAUCAUGAUGCUGAAGAUAUUCUUCCCUCAGUGCUGCAACAAGGCAGACAGUGGGCUGCUUGUGGGGCGAUGGAUCCCAGGACAGAACUCAGCCGUGGUGCUAGCUGUUAUCCACUACCCCUUCAUCCCUGGACAGGUCAAACAGUACAUCCACCAGGUAGAGUGUGUGUAUGUGUCAGUCAGUGUGUAUGUGACAGUCAGUCAGUGUGUGUGUGUGUGUGUGUGUGUGAGAGAGACGGUCAGUGUGUGUGUUUGUGUGUGUAAAACAGUCAGUGUGUGUGUGUUUUAACCUUCCUGUCCACUCUCCCUGGUCCAGAUGCGUGGCCAGAGUGGGGUGGAUCUGACGGUGCUGGGCUCGUGGAGCAUGCCCAAGGAGGGCCAGGAGGGCAUGGAGAGUUUCCUCAGGGACCUCAGCACCAUCUUCCCCCAGGGACAGUGGCUCCAGCUCAGUAGAGAGAUGGGCAAGAUAGGCUUCAGGUGUCACGUCCUCACAAGGGACCAGAGUAAGUCUCCAGCUGCAUCCCAAAUGGCACCUAUUGUUUCCUAUAUAGUGCACUACUUUUGACCAGGACCCAUAAGGCUCUGAUCAAAAGUAGCUGUUCCCAAUAUGAGGCACUACUUUUGACUAGGGCUGGGAUGCAGACUUUGUAACAGCAUUAAAGGUGUUAGUAUUGAUUCAGAGAUCACUCUCUUUGGAGAUCAACUGUUGAUAUCAAAUUAUUGAUGGAAUGGCUUUCUUAUGAAAUGAAUGUUCUGUCUAUAGAUGUGCAUCACUGUUUUCUCAUACUGUAGCAAAUGUUAAUAAGUAAGUUAAGAAGAGUUUGCGAAUUAGAUAGCUUAGUUCAAUCUGCUCUUUUUAAUUUAUAGAGACACAUAUGUCUGUUCACUGUAUAUUUUCAUCAGAAGAUGGAUAUUUAUUUUGUUAUCAUCAUGUAGUGAAUCUGUAAUAAAAAUGUCCCUCUGCCCCUGCCGUAGAUGGGAAGCUGGUACAACAGGAAAAGGAGCUGAAUGAGGGUGAUGGAGAGGAAGAGAAAGAAGGAGGAAAGAGAGGAGAAGGAGGAGGAGAGAAAGAAGGAAUGAAGAAAGGAGGGGGAGAGAAAGGAGGAGAGAAGAAAGGAGGGGGGAGAAGGGGAGAGUCUCGAGGUCUUAAUCUCCAGGGAGAAGAGAAAGAGAGGAGGAAAAAGGCUGAAGAAAGGAGUGGAAGAGCCCAGGAGAGAAGAAAGAGGGAAGAGAAAGAGGAGAGUCAAAGAGGAAUCUUGUAAAGGAGGGGAGUAAAAGGAAGAGUCUUCCCCCGGGGGGGGAAGAGAAAGGAGGAGAAGAGAAAGGAGGAGGAGAGAAGGACAAGGUGAUCUUUAUCCACUAUGAACAGAGGAAGGUAAUGCUGUCUCAGCUGCACCCCAUAGAGAACGGUGUUCCAGACCCUCAAACUGAGUCACAACUACCACAGGUGAGGAUGGGAACUGACAACCUUCUUUACAUUUAGAUGUCAUUUAGCACAGGGUUUUCUAUCCUCUCCUGUGUUGUGUUGUGUUGUUGUUGUUGUUGUUGUAAUACAUUUGUGUUGUCUGUAAUUCUUAUGUUGUUGUUGUAAUACAUAUGUGUUGUCUGUAAUUAUUAUGUUGUUGUUGUUGUUGUUGUUGUUGUAAUACAUAUGUGUUGUCUGUAAUUAUUAUGUUGUUGUUGUUGUUGUUGUUGUUGUAAUACAUAUGUGUUGUCUGUAAUUAUUAUGUUGUUGUUGUUGUUGUUGUUGUUGUUGUAAUACAUAUGUGUUGUCUGUAAUUAUUAUGUUGUUGUUGUUGUUGUUGUAAUACAUAUGUGUUGUCUGUAAUUAUUAUGUUGUUGUUGUUGUUGUUGUAAUACAUAUGUGUUGUCUGUAAUUAUUAUGUUGUUGUUGUUGUUGUUGUAAUACAUAUGUGUUGUCUGUAAUUAUUAUGUUGUUGUUGUUGUUGUUGUUGUUGUUGUAAUACAUAUGUGUUGUCUGUAAUUAUUAUGUUGUUGUUGUUGUUGUUGUACAUAUGUGUUGUCUGUAAUUAUUAUGUUGUUGUUGUUGUUGUUGUUGUAAUACAUAUGUGUUGUCUGUAAUUAUUAUGUUGUUGUUGUUGUUGUUGCUGCAGGUGUUUGGGACAGUGUGUCAGAGUGAGCCUCUGUUCUUCCUGGAUAAGUAUGAUGACAGUCCAGUGAAGCUGACCCACUGGCAAUCAGAGGGACGGGAGGGCUCCAUUAUAGUAGAACUGAUGAAACAGGCCUCUACACCUGUCUGUCUGCUAACCACCUGGAUACUAACACUGUGGACCAGCCUCUGUAGUAGCAGGUAAGGGGUGUGGGUGUCAGUACCUGUCUGUCUGCUAAACACCUGGAUACUAACACUGUGGACCACGUUCUUCAAGUGUGUGUGUGUGUGUGUGUGUGUGUGUGCGUGCGCGCGCCCCACAGCUGCAGGUGUGUGUAUUUGCGUGCGUUCAGUAUGCACCCGUGUACGUGCAUCAGUUGCAACUCUUUAUGUGCCAAGAGACACUAACCCAAUUCUCAAUUUCGUCUGUCUGUCUGUCUGUCUGUAUAUUGGUCUGUCCGUCUGUCUGUCUCCCCAGGAUAUUGAAUGUGCGUCCGAUGAGGUUCAUCUCCAGUAAGUUGUCUACGUGUGUUCAGCUGAGCUACAGAACAGAACACCUUCAGACAGUCAGCUCUCCUACCAGAGCCAGCACACACACACACUUCAUGAGGUAGGGACCACACACACACACACACGCACACACACACACACACACACACCGCCAUGUGGCAGACUUACUACAUGAUGUAGGUAUCUAACUCACCCCCUUCAUCUCAAAUUGCAUCUGAUUCCCUAUAUAGUGCACUACUUUUGACCAGAGCCCUAUUGACCCUGGUGAAAAGUCGUGACUCUCUCUCUCUCUCUCUUUCUCUCUCCCUCUCUGUCCCUCUCUCUCUUUCUCUCCAUAGGAAAGCCAAUAUCUUUGUGUCGUUCUUUGUGGAUGUGUCUCUGGGCCUGCUGUUGAUAUCAUGGCUGUAUAGAGAGAACCGUAUAGGCAAACUGGCCAACACACUGGUACCUGCUGCUGAUGUAAGUCAAUCACACAUUAUGGGCAACAUUUCCCUAGUGCAAAAAUUACCGUAAACCUCUUUAUAAUCUGUCAAAAGUGAUUUCAUUUGAAACUUUUCUUCAACAAUGUUCGAUAUAGAGAGGCGACUAUUUAUGUAUUGCUCAGUUGACUAAACUCUAGUUAAAUAAUCACCUCCAUAUAACGCACAUUAUUGAAGAUAAGUUUCAAAUGAAAUCACGUUGCCAGAUUAUAAAAAGGUUCAGGGUCAUUUUUGCACAUUGCUUUUGCACUACGAAAAUGUCUCCCUAAAUGUCUUAUCUCAGUGUAUGUGUUCUGAUCUAGGAUCAGUUCUGCCUUUUAGAUAACAAAGAAUAAGAUGGACAGAGGGGAGCUGAUACAUAUUACCCCAGGUCCCUCCUGUCCAUAUAAUCAUAUUCAUUGUGAUCCAAAAGGCUAAACUGAGCCUAGGUCAGCACUCUGAGCCACUUGAUACAUACAGCCCAUAGUGUAUAUAUUAUAAAGUGAGACUGAAUCUUGUUCUAUGAUUUGUUAGCAUGUAGCUAAGCUAUGUAUUGUUGUGUGUUUUGUUGUUAGCAUGUUGCAAAGCUGUGUUUUGUUGUUAGCAUGUAGCUAAGCUAUGUAUUGUUGUGUGUUUUGUUGUUAGCAUGUUGCAAAGCUGUGUUUUGUUGUUAGCAUGUAGCUAAGCUAUGUAUUGUUGUGUGUUUUGUUGUUAGCAUGAUGUAUUGUUGUGUGUUUUGUUGUUAGCAUGUAGCUAAGCUAUGUAUUGUUGUGUGUUUUGUUGUUAGCAUGUUGCAAAGCUAUGUAUUGUUGUGUGUUUUGUUGUUAGCAUGUAGCUAAGCUAUGUAUUGUUGUGUGUUUUGUUGUUAGCAUGUAACUAAGCUAUGUAUUGUUGUGUGUUUUGUUUUGAGCAUGUAGCUAAGCUAUGUAUUGUUGUGUGUUUUGUUGUUAUCAUGUAGCUAAGCUAUGUAUUGUUGUGUGUUUUGUUGUUAGCAUGUAGCUAAGCUAUGUAUUGUUGUGUGUUUUGUUCUUAGCAUGUAGCUAAGCUAUGUAUUGUUGUGUGUUUUGUUCUUAGCAUGUAGCUAAGCUAUGUAUUGUUGAGUGUUUUGUUGUGAGCAUGUAGCUAAGCUAUUACAUUUUACAUUUACGUCAUUUAGCAGACGCUCUUAUCCAGAGUGACUUACAAAUUGGUGCAUUCACCUUAUAGCCAGUGGGAUAACCACUUUACAAUGUUUAAAAAAAAAAAAAAUGUUUUGGGGGGGGUGGGGUAAGGAGGGGGUAGAAGGAUUACUUUAUCCUAUCCCAGGUAUUCCUUAGGAGGAGCGGGGUGACAUGAGAGAACUUGGGAAGGUUGAACACCAGACGGGCUGCGGCAUUCUGGAUGAGUUGUAGGGGUUUAAUGGCACAGGCAGGGAGCCCAGCCAACAGUGAGUUGCAGUAAUCCAGACGGGAGAUUACAAGUGCCUGGAUUAGGACCUGUGCCGCUUCCUGUGUAAGGCAGGGUCGCACUCUCCGAAUGUUGUAGAGCAUGAACCUACAGGAUCGGGUCACUUCCUUGAUGUUAGCGGAGAACAACAGGGUGUUGUCCAGGGUCACGCCAAGGCUCUUCGCACUCUGGGAGGAGGACACAACGGAGUUGUCAACCGUGAUGGCGAGAUCAUGGAACGGGCAGUCCUUCCCCGGGAGGAAGAGCAGCUCCGUCUUGCCAAGGUUCAGCUUGAGGUGGUGAUCCGUCAUCCACACUGAUAUGUCUGCCAGACAUGCAGAAAUGCGAUUCGCCACCUGGUUAUCAGAAGGGGGAAGGAGAAGAUUAGUUGUGUGUCGUCUGCGUAGCAAUGAUAGGAGAGGCCAUGUGAGGAUAUGAGAGAGCCAAGUGACUUGGUGUAUAGCGAGAAUAGGAGAGGGCCUAGAACUGAGCCCUGGGGGACACCAGUGGUGAGAGCACGUGGUGCGGAGACAGCUUCUCGCCAUGCCACUUGGUAGGAGCGACCGGUCAGGUAGGACGCAAUCCAAGAGUGAGCUGCGCCGGAGAUGCCCAGCUCGGAGAGGGUGGAGAGGAGGAUCUGAUGGUUCACAGUAUCAAAGGCAGCAGACAGGUCUAGAAGGACAAGAGCAGAGGAGAGAGAGUUAGCUUUAGCAGUGCGGAGAACCUCCGUGACACAGAGAAGAGCAGUCUCAGUUGAAUGACCAGUCUUGAAACCUGACUGGUUUGGAUCAAGAAGGUCAUUCUGAGAGAGAUAGCAAGAGAGUUUGCUAAAGACGGCACGCUCAAGAGUUUUGGAGAGAAAAGAAAGAAGGGAUACUGGUCUGUAGUUGUUGACAUCAGAUGGAUCGAGUGUUGGUUUUUUGAGAAGGGGUGCAACUCUUGCUCUCUUGAAGACGGAAGGGACAUAGCCAGCGGUCAAGGAUGAGUUGAUGAGCGAGGUGAGGUAAGGGAGAAGGUCACCGGAGAUGGUCUGGAGAAGAGAGGAGGGGAUAGGGUCAAGCGGGCAGGUUGUUGGGCGGCCGGCCGUCACAAGUCGCAAGAUUUUAUCUGGAGAGAGAGGGGAGAAAGAAGUCAAAGCAUAGGGUAGGGCAGUGUGAGCAGGACCAGCAGUGUCAUUUGACUUAACAAACGAGGAUCGGAUGUCAUCAACCUUCUUUUCAAAAUGGUUGACGAAGUCAUCCACAGAGAGGGAGGAGGGGGGGGGGGAGAGAGGAGGGUUCAGCAGGGAGGAGAAGGUGGCAAAGAGCUUCCUAGGGUUAGAGGCAGAUGCUUGGAAUUUAGAGUGGUAGAAAGUGGCUUUAGCAGCAGAAACAGAUGAAGAAAAUGUAGAGAGGAGGGAGUGAAAAGAUGCCAGGUCCGCAGGGAGUCUAGUUUUCCUCCAUUUCCGCUCGGCUGCCCGGAGCCCUGUUCUGUGAGCUCGCAAUGAGUCAUCAAACCACGGAGCUGGAGGGGAGGAUCGAGCCGGCCAGGAGGAUAGGGGACAUAGAGAGUCAAAGGAUGCAGAAAGGGAGGAGAGGAGGGUUGAGGAGGCAGAAUCAGGAGAUUGGAGGGAGAAGGAUUUAGCAGAGGGAAGAGAUGAUAGGAUGGAAGAGGAGAGAGAGAGCGAAGGUUGCGACGGCGCAUUACCAUCUGAGUAGGGGCAGAGUGAGUAGUGUUGGAGGAGCGUGAGAGAGAAAAGGAUACAAAGUAGUGGUCGGAGACAUGGAGGGGAGUUGCAGUGAGAUUAGUAGAAGAACAGCAUCUAGUAAAGAUGAGGUCAAGCGUAUUGCCUGCCUUGUGAGUAGGGAGGGACGGUGAGAGGGUGAGGUCAAAAGAGGAGAGGAGUGGAAAGAAGGAGGCAGAGAGAAAUGAGUCAAAGGCAGACGUAGGGAGGUUGAAGUCACCCAGAACUGUGAGGGGUGAGCCAUCCUCAGGAAAGGAACUUGUCAAGCUCAUUGAUGAACUCUCCAAGGGAACCUGGAGGGCGAUAAAUGACAAGGAUGUUAAGCUUGAAUGGGCUAGUGACUGUGACAGCAUGGAAUUCAAAUGAGGAGAUAGACAGAUGGGUCAGGGGAAAAAGAGAGAAUGUCCACUUGGGAGAGAUGAGGAUUCCUGUGCCACCACCCCGCUGACCAGAUGCUCUCGGGGUAUGCGAGAACACAUGGUCAGACGAGGAGAGAGCAGUAGGAGUAGCAGUGUUUUCAGUGGUAAUCCAUGUUUCCGUCAGCGCCAAGAAGUCGAGGGACUGGAGGGUAGCAUAGGCAGCUAUGUAUUGUUGUGUGUUUUGUUCUUAGCAUGUAGCUAAGCUAUGUAUUGUUGUGUAUUUUGUUGUUAGCAUGUAGCUAAGCUAUGUAUUGUUGUGUGUUUUGUUGUGAGCAUGUAGCUAAGCUAUGUAUUGUUGUGUGUUUUGUUGUUAGCAUGUAGCUAAAGAGCUGGAGGAGCUGUUGCAGUGGCUGAUGGGAGCUCCAGCUGGUCUGAAGAUGAACCGGGCUCUAGACCAGGUGUUAGGACGAUUCUUCCUCUACCAUAUACACCUGUGGAUCAGUGAGUCUCACACAUACACACACACACACACACACACACACACACACACACCCAUGCUCCACCUCCACACACACACACACCCAUGCUCCACCACCACACACACCACACACCCAUGCCCCCCUCCACACACACACACCACCCAUGCCCCCCUCCACACACACACACACAACACACACACACACACACACACACACACACACACACACCCAUGCUCCACCUCCACACACACACACACCCAUGCCCCCCCUCCACACACACACACACCCAUGCCCCCCCCUCCACACACACACACACCCAUGCCCCCCCUCCACACACACACACACCCAUGCCCCCCCUCCACACACACACACACACCCAUGCCCCCCCUCCACACACACACACCCAUGCCCCCCCUCCACACACACACACACCCAUGGCCCUCCUCCUCUCUCUGCAGGCUACAUUCACCUGAUGUCUCCGUUCAUUGAGAUGAUUCUGUGGUACGUGGGUCUGUCUGCCUGCCUGGGCUUGACCUUUGCCCUCUCCCUGCUCUCUGACAUCACCGCCCUGCUCACCUUCCACAUCUACUGUUUCUACGUCUACGGAGCCAGG